GUUGGCUCCUCCCACAGUCAUCAACUUAAGACUUGAAAGAGAGGGAGGAAGGGAGGGAGGAAGGAAGGAAGGAAGGAAGGAAGAAAGAAAAGAACAAAGGUAAAAAGCUGUCCCCACUCUUACUUUCACGCUUCAACUCCUUCUUAGACAACAACAGCAACCAAAACAAAAACAUCCCAUUAUUUGGUGUUUUUUUUAACUCUCUUCUGUCUUUCAAAGAGAGAAGCUGGUUUGGUUGGGGACAAACAAAAGGAAUAGUAGUAGUAGCAAAGAUAAAGAGGGGGGAGGGAGAGAGAGAGGAAGCAAAGAGUCUGGCUUUGUGGUUGACAAGAAGAGAAAGAAGUGAUUGCCAAGACAAAGAGAUAAAAGAUAAACAAAUAAAAAAACAAAAUGAAAAGGAAGGUACACACAAAAUAAAUAGGCUAUACUACAAGCCAGAGUACAAGUAAACCAAAGAGGAGUGGCAAGGCAGCUGUGUUUCAAAGGAAGUUGCUUUGGAGCAAAAAGGAAAAAAAAAAGAAGAAGCAUACAUAUCAUAUUAUUUCUUACAUACAAAUAUAAACACAUAUAUUAGAUAUAUAUAAAGAGAGAGAGAGAGGGAAGAGAGAGAUAGAGAAAGAGAUGGUGGGCUCAGGAGCAGCAGAUAGGAGCAAAGAAGCUGUUGGGAUGAUGGCGCUUCAUGAGGCACUUAGAAGCGUCUGUCUCAACUCAGACUGGACUUACUCUGUCUUCUGGACCAUCCGUCCUCGCCCGAGAGUGAGAGGUGGUAAUGGUUGCAAGGUUGGAGAUGACAAUGGCAGCUUGAUGCUGAUGUGGGAAGAUGGAUUCUGCCGAGGGAGAGUUGCAGAUUGUUUGGAAGAGAUUGAUGGAGAAGAUGCAGUGAGGAAAGCAUUCAGCAAAAUGUCCAUUCAGUUAUAUAAUUAUGGAGAAGGGUUAAUGGGAAAGGUUGCAUCAGAUAAGUGCCAUAAAUGGGUGUUCAAAGAACCAACAGAAUGUGAACCCAAUAUCUCCAAUUAUUGGCAGAGUUCUUUUGAUGCUCUUCCUCCUGAAUGGACUGAUCAAUUUGAGUCAGGCAUUCAGACUAUUGCUGUGAUCCAAGCUGGCCAUGGUCUUCUGCAGUUAGGCUCCUGCAAGAUUAUACCUGAAGACCUUCAUUUUGUGCUAAGAAUGAGGCAUACCUUUGAAUCUCUUGGCUAUCAAUCUGGUUUCUAUCUCUCUCAGUUGUUUUCUUCGAACAGAAAUAGUACCUCCUCAGCUACAAUUCCUUCAAAGCAGUCUGCCAUUCCAACGCGGCCCCCACCUCCACUCUUCAACUGGAGCCAGAGGCCGCUUCCCCCAGCGACACCAAUGCUUGCUUCACCGAAUUUUCAGAACCCAACUAGACUUGGAUUUCCACAAGCCAAAGAUGAGACACACAUGUUCAUCCUGCCCCAUUCAUCUGAAACCCGAAUGGAAGAUAUGAUGGCAGAACAUGAAAAUGACAUCAAAUGGCCUAAUGGCUUGACUUUCUUCGGCGCUCUCACUGGACGAACCGAAGAUGCCAAGCUCUUAUUUAACCCUGAGAGCUUAGGCAACAAACCGGACCAAAACCAGCAUCCGCUGAUUCUUGAAGGAAAAGAUUCUAAUCAAAAUUCAGAUGCCGGUGCAAACCCCAAUGAGUACUUGAGCUUGGAUAGUCAUCCAGAGAAUAUGAGGAGGAUGGAAAACAAGUUUAAGAGGAGCUUUACAUUACCUGCAAGAAUGGCUUCAUCUUCAUCUUCAACUUCAGUAGAUCAUCAUCAGCACCAACCCGUGGAGUAUAGGAACUCUGAGGCAGGGAUGUAUACCGAUGUUAUGGAAACCUUCUUGGAAUGAAAUUUACAAGGGUUUGUACUAGAGGGACAAAAGGUUGAGAAUUUGUAUUUAGGCACAAAGGGUUGUGUUCCUUAGUUGCUGAAAUUCCUGUGCUUGUUUUGAUGUCCUUUCUACAUCCUUCUCUUUAAUCCAUUCAACUGAACUUUCCAAUCAUUUAUUGUAAGUUUAUCCUAACGUGAGUUUUCCUCCCUUUAGGUUUACUUGUAUUAGUAUUUGGUAGGGGAG